GCAGGGUACAUAAAAGUCAGCUGUGCUACACCUGAGAAAGUCAAUGACGAUCCCAUUCCAGAACAGAGACAAUCAAUUGCCUUUGAGAACUAAACCAUUACCAUGAGUGGGUGUCCCUUUUUAGGAAACAAUUUUGGAUAUGCUUGGAACAGGUUACGUCUAGAAGACAAUGAAGACAAAUCACAGGCUGGAAUAAAUAAAGCCAGUAAAGGAGGACUCAUCUAUGGAAACUACCUACACCUGGAAAAAGUUUUGGAUGCCCAAGAACUUCAGAGUGAAAAGAAAGGAAAUAAGAUCCAUGAUGAACAUCUUUUUAUUAUCACCCACCAAGCAUAUGAACUGUGGUUUAAGCAAAUUCUGUGGGAAUUAGAUUCUGUCCGGGAGAUUUUUCAACAUGGCCAUGUAAGAGAUGAAAGAAAUAUGCUUAAGGUUGUUACACGGAUACAUCGAAUUUCAGUGAUUUUGAAACUAUUGGUACAACAAUUUUCAGUUUUGGAAACUAUGACAGCCUUGGAUUUCAAUGACUUCAGAGAAUACUUAUCGCCAGCAUCAGGUUUCCAGAGCUUACAGUUCCGCCUAUUAGAAAAUAAGAUUGGUGUUCUCCAGAGUCUGAGAGUUCCUUAUAAUAGGAGACACUGGGAUAACUUCAAGGGAGAGGAUAAUGAACUGCUGCUGAAGUCUGAACAGGAGAAAACACUCCUACAGCUGGUAGAGGCAUGGCUAGAAAGAACACCAGGAUUAGAAACAGAUGGAUUUAAUUUUUGGGGAAAAUUGGAAAAGAAUAUCAUAAAAGGCCUGGAAGAGGAAUUCAUAAUGAUUCAGGCCAAAGAAGAAUCAGAGGAAAAGGAUGAACAGCUGGCUGAAUUCCGAAAACAAAAAGAAGUGCUGAUGUCAUUAUUUGAUGAGAAACGGCAUGAGCAUCUUCUUAGUAAAGGAGAAAGACGACUGUCAUACAAAGCUCUACAGGGAGCAUUGAUGAUAUAUUUUUACAGGGAAGAACCCAGAUUCCAGGUUCCCUUUCAACUACUGACCUCUCUCAUGGACAUUGAUACCCUCAUGACCAAGUGGAGAUAUAAUCACGUGUGCAUGGUGCAUAGAAUGCUUGGAAGCAAAGCUGGCACUGGAGGUUCCUCAGGUUACCAGUAUUUGCGCUCAACAGUGAGUGACAGGUACAAAGUAUUUGUAGAUCUGUUUAAUCUCUCGACAUACCUGGUGCCACGACAUUGGAUACCCAAGAUGAAUCCGAUCAUUCACAAAUUCCUUUACAUGGCUGAAUAUUGUGACAGCUCUUACUUCAGCAGUGACGAUUCAGAGGAUUAAUGCCAACUGUGAGGAAUGCAUGAGAGCACAUUGGAUAGUCAGGCCAUAUCAUGAGAUGGUGUGAAUUGUCAGGAAUGUGUUAAUGAUCCUCAUGUGCUUGUUGAUAUGAUUUAAACACUUCAAUGUAACAUACAAAGCUUCCUGAUGAAUAUCUUUGUCUCAAAAUGAGGGCACUGGAUUAGAUGGUCAACCACUAAAGUCCUUCCCAGCUCUAAAUCUUUGACCCUGUGAUCCAAAGUGAAUACACCGGGGAAAUAUUUGAGUUUUGUGAUGAUUUAAUGAAGAUGACUACAAAUUUAGAGCUACUGGACCUCAGAAAAUAGCCAGUCCAUCAUCCUCAUUUUGAAGAUUAAGAAACUGAAGUCUACAGAGGUUGUGAUGUGCUUGAAAUCACACAACUAAGCAGCAGGAUCAAAAUUUGAAUUUAGGAUCCAAAUCCAGCACUGUUUUCAUCUAUUAUGAGAUCACGACAAACGUCAGCUAAUUUUUUUUUUUAAUCUUUACCUUCCAUCUUAGAAUCAAUACUGUGUAUUGGUUCUAAGGCAGAAGAGCACUAAGGGCUAGGCAAUGAAAAUUAAAUGACUUGUCCAGGAUUACACAGGUAGGAAAUGUUUGAGGUCACUUUUGAACCCAGGCCCCCCUAUUUCUUUAUCCACUGACCUGCCUGCUCCUGGGCAGCUAAAAUUUUAACAUUGUAAUGCAUGCAAAUAUAGGAAAGAUCUGUGAUUUCAUCAGAAUAUAGCAUUGCUGGUAUGGAAACUCCCUCCACCAAGAGAGAUUACCACCUGUCUACAACUUAAUAAAUAACUACACAGGGAUUCUUUUUUUAAUGUCAAAAAGAUUCAAAUGGUACAGAAUGCUUAUUAUAGUGUAAAUAUUUUAUCAUUUUAUCAUUAUAUUCUCAUUAUAUCUUUUUAUAGAUUUGAAAACUUCUGGAAUGAUUUCAAAUCAUGUUUAUAUCUUUGUAAUGCAUCUGAUUCUGCAUAACUACAAAGUCCCAGAGCUGAACAUAAUAAAAAUAAUAAAACACUUCACUCUUUCCUCUGCAUUCUUGGGGAGAAUAAUGCUUAUGAGAAGGGAUAGGUUAGGAGUAUUACACCAGAAAUAGGAAUCCCUUUAUUAUCUCACACACUGCCAAGUUAUCAGACUAGAUCAGUAAACUUACUCCCAUUGGAAUGUUAUGUAACAUCAUCAAGGGAAUAUGACAAAAUGUCCAGCAACCCUGACCCACAAUGAUAACCCUUAGGGUUAGAAGGUAAAUAUAGAUAAAUAGCUAAUGCUCAUGCUUAAUCAACAUGCUCUCUCCCAAAGUAUACAGUUCUUUCUGUCAUUUAUUUAUUUAUUUUUGUCAUAUAGACAUAAAUCCAUUAGGACUCAGAGUUCCAGCCUCUGGAUCCUCAUGGAAACUUGGAAGGAGAGGAUUAUUAAAGGGUCCUUGUAUUCAGACGUAUCUGAUUAAAUAGCAUGCUUUAUAGAUAUGUAUAUUACUUUGCUAUUUUUCAAAUGUGUAUUGAUACUGGUAUGAAUAAUAAAAACAAAUUUAUAAUA